CCAAAUUACAUCAGUGUGUUGUGAACCGUCAUUUCCAGCUUUUGAGUAUGGCAACAGCGGCGCAGGAACACGCAAGAAAGUGUGCAGUGUGUACUAGUGACUUCACCACACCAAAGAUUUUACCCUGUGGUCAUCUCUUCUGUCGACAAUGUGUCAUUUCCUGGAUGGACUCGAAAUUUGACGCCGGAUGUCCUCUGUGUACAUGUCCUAUAGUAGAGCAUCAUGGUAAUUCAUCUCAAAGUUCAGCUGAUGUUGUCGACGCCCUGCCCACAGACUAUGUAAUGGAAGCGAUAGUAGAAAGUGCUGGCGUGCUGAUGAACGGUGGUAUGUGCACCGUAUGUGAUGACGUCACAGCUGAAUACAUCUGUAUCCAGUGUCUAGAAAAGAUGUGUGAAUCAUGUAUGAAGAUACACAAGAAGAUGGUAGCUACCCGCAGUCACGAUGUGGAGAGUGUCAGCACUGUGACACCUGAACGUCUGGCUGCCAGCCGCCCUGCACUGUGUGCUGACCACGGCGACAAAGCUGAGAUGUUUUGUGCUGAUCACCAUCUUGCUAUCUGCAUCUCAUGUAGUUAUAAAAAACACAAUAAAUGCCCAGAUGUAAAAUAUCUGGAUGUGGAGAUAAAUUCAGCUGGAAAUGCGCUCGUUUUAUUGACAAAGGAACUGACUAAAGCUGAGGACAACCUGAAGCAAGCAAUAGUGAACCUAAAUGUGCACGUGCAAACAGCGGAUGUCACUGAACAGAGAAACAUGGCGCUGGUGGACAAGACAUGCAAACGUCUUCAGAAGAUGGUGGAAGAGUGUCAGACACAGCUGAAAAAACUGAUCAGUGAUUCCAUUUCAAAAUUCAAGAAAUCCUUGUGUGACGUCAAAAGCGAGCUGGAGAAACGUUUAGGGAAAGUGACGUCACACAAACAUCUCGUGACGCGAGCGACAACAGUCAGACCGCGUCCAGCGCUGAUACACGCAGCCCAGACUCUGACAGACAGGGUCAACAGCCUUGACCUCAGUUCCGAUUUAGAAGUAGAUCCUUGUGUCAAUCCCUCGCCAGAAAUAACGAAACACUGUGACGAUGUGGGGAAACGAAUACAGACUGAGCUCCACAGCCUGAAACUACAGUGGACUAACUACAAACUACAAUGGACUGAGGUUCAAGCACAAGUUCUUGUGUUCCACGAGAAGUGUGGGACCAACAUUCGUCUCAUGAACGGCAACACGACGGCGCGAAUAACUAACCUUGAGAACUACUGCAACGGCUUGGUCGUGUCACGUGACGCUAUGGCUGUGAACACCUUGUAUGAAGUCAGAAUAGAUGAAAUAAAUGUUUUAGACAGAAAUGCGAUUUUCCUUGGUGUGACGGAAAUCCCUCCCGGACAGUUAACUGUGACUACGUGGUCUACGGACCCCGAAAACUCCGUUAUUAUUUGGGAGAGUGGAGUCCGCCGCAAGGGUUAUAAACGCAAGUCUAAUGUCGGUAAAGCUCUCAAUUCCAUCAAAGUCGGGAGUGGUGUUGGACUACUGGUGGACUCAUCAAACGACCUUCACCUUUAUGUGGAUGGACAGGACCAGGGCGUUGCUGCUAAUAAUGUCGCACAUCCCUGCUUUGCCGUAUUUGAUCUUAGCUUCGCCAUUCAGGUGACAGCCCUUACCAAAUCUACAUGGACAUAAGGCGUGAAUAAAAAUCAGAAGAACACAAUACCAACAGAGAUUAUUUGAAACUGAGGACAUAAUCGACUUCAACGAUGAUUUUAUCAAUGACCUCUACAUUGUAGUGUGUUCAGUUAACCAUUGGAUGGAUGUAAGAAACAGAAUUACAAAAACAAUAUUUAUUGCUUUUUAUAUUAUCUAACCAAGAAUUUUAUUUCCUUAAAGGGAACAAAGUUUGUUCCUUUUAAAGAAAAAUGUUUUUCGAUACUUUACAUGAACCCGCACAUGCCGUAGCUUACUACACGCAAUCACAGUAAUGCCAUCAGUACAUAUGAAAAAUUUCUUGUUUCUUUAGUGACAUUUUUUUGUAUGUUUCAUUUUAUGUCGGAACUAAGGUUUGAUUAUACUUAGUCAGAAACUUGUUUUUGAUAAACAUUCCGAUGGGGCGCGAACAGGAAACAGAAAAAGAUUAGCGUUUCAUUUGAGUGGGUUUUACAUUGGUGACUGGUUGUAUCUCAUAACAACAACUUUUUAGUUUAGAUAACAGCGCCAUUGGAAGACACUGCAAAUAUAAAUCGUACUGGUCAGGUCUUAAGCCACUAUUAAUACAUUUCGCUGUUGCUUUCUGUUGUUUGUUCUGGAGUAGUUUGCCACUUUGACCGGGUCUGGGAAUCUGACAGCUUUUCUCGUUGUCGUCCAGUAAAGUUCUGACUAAACUUGAUUUGUGAAGUCAUAACCCCACCUUCUUGGUAAUGUCCUGCCAAGAUUUAAUUCUAAGUAAGGAACAGACAUAUUUGAUAAAGUUUAAAGAAGUCUUGAUUUAUUCAUUCCUUACCAGACGUGAUUUGUGAAGUUACAACUGUAUUGUGUUACGAAUUAAAUUUUGUAAACAAUUGUUGUGUUGAACCGCACAGCUGCUGGUUGCACCAUACUGAGCCUUUAACUCCCCAUUAGACCAACACUGAUUUGAUUUAGACUGUUAGAUAAAGCUG